CUCAUCCCACGUGUUCCACGGUGAUUGGUGGUACCAUAUCUGAGAGAAAGAAUUCAAAAAUGACGUCCAGGUCCGUCCGCCCUUCGUCCUUGAUCUUCUAGCUGACUCCACUCCCUACCCUCCGCUUCUACGACUCAGAAGAUCCCAAGGGAUUUUGAAGUUCUGGAAGAGCUGGAGAUUCAUGAAUUAGAGUUUGGAAUCUAGUGGCUUUUGAAGUGAUCGCUAUCUUCUGGAGCUAUGGCGUGCCGGGGAUUCUGGGAGUGCUUGUUGAAGUUGCUGAAUUUUUUGCUCACGCUGGCGGGAUUGGCUAUGGUCGGGUACGGAAUUUACUUAUUCGUCGAAUGGAAUAGGAGCUUGGAUGGGUUGAGUCCGAUGGUGGGCGAGAGCUUAGAGAAGAUCACUCUGGGGCGGCCAUUGUUGAUGAGCGUUUCGUUGUCGGACAGCAUCCUUGAUAAACUUCCUAAAGCCUGGUUUAUUUACUUAUUCAUUGGCAUUGGGGUCAUCCUCUUUAUUGUUUCAGUCUUCGGCUGUAUUGGAUUGGCAACAAGGCAUAGCUGUUGCCUAUCAUGUUAUGCUGUCCUCGUGCUGUUCUUGAUCUUGGUGGAGCUUGCAUUUGCAGCUUUCAUAUUCUUCGAUCAUAACUGGGAAGAUGAUAUUCCCACAGAUAGUACCGGAGAUUUCGACAUGAUAUAUGAUUUUCUGAAGGACAACUGGAAGAUUGCUAGAUGGGUUGCUCUAGGAAUUGUUAUUUUGGAGGCUUUCACAUUCUUGUUAGCCCUUGUGGUCCGAGCAGCAAAUUCCCCAGGCUAUGAUAGUGACGAUGAAUAUAUUUUUCCAAGAUCUGGAAUUCGACAGCCAUUUAUAGGUAGACAGGCUCUUCCAGCAACUGGAGUACCUGUUCCUGCUGCGCCUGAUCAGCGCAUUGGUAGAAAUGAUGCUUGGAGCGCCAGAAUGAGAGAAAAGUAUGGUUUGGACACAGCUGAAUUCACCUACAAACCCACUGACUCAAACCGGUAUCAGCAACAGUUUGCACCACCAACUGAGGAGAGGAGGAGUCGCUGCACAAUCAUGUGAUUGUUCAUAUGACAUCUUUCUGCAACAUGCCUUCUGAGGCAAGGAAAAUCGUUCAGCUGGACAAAUGCUGCCUUUCAUGCUUGAAACACUUUGGUGCACAAAAGAUCAUGGGAAAACAUGGGUGUAUAAAUUUCUCUAGCCACUUCUUUGUAGUAUUCAUCUGUUUCCUGUUACUGUGUGAUGCUGGAUUCCUUUGCAUGAGCUGUCUUGCUGAUGUUUAACUGGAGGGGGAGGGGUUCUUUCGCA